UGGAAACGACGCGGAGGAAGUAGCGCAGCGCCGCACUCACCGCUGGGCUGGGCGGCCCCUCGGAGCUGCGCCGUCCGCUGCCGUACAGCCCGAUGUGCGCCUGCUUCGCCAAACCCACCGCCAGACAUCGCAAACAGUCAAACGAGACAUUUAAUCGCGCCUGUCAUUUUAUUUCGUGGCUCAGAAUCGCUUAGCCUGUUGCAUGAUGCUGCAGCUGAACGACAGCGUGGAGCCCGCGAGCCCCGGAGCCGCGGUGCUGGAUACGGCUGCGAGCGAUGACGGUGUGGAGGUCGCCUUUACUCCGCCCGGAGCCGGGCCCAGCCGGGGCUACGGCUCCUCGGUAGCCUGCUGCUCCCCGCUGCAAACACUGACGCCUUUUCAUAUCCACAACCCGACAAUGCAAGCGAAAGUCAAAGACUAUUUCGUCUUUAGACCAGGGACCAUCGAGCAGGCGGUGAACGACAUCCGAACCGUGGCCCUGCCAUCGGAGGACGGCGAGGUGCUGAGCGUGUGGCUGCUGGCAGAAAUAGACCACUGGAAUAAUGAGAAAGAGAGGCUGGUACUAAUCACCGAUAGGUCCCUCCUUGUCUGCAAGUACGACUUCAUCAACCUGCAGUGUCAGCAGGUAGUGAGGAUCUCCCUGAACGCAGUGGACACCAUCUCCGUGGGCGAGUUUGAAUUCCCCCCCAAGUCACUUAACAAGAGGGAUGGCUAUGGAAUCCGGGUGCAGUGGGACAAGCAGCCACGGGCGUCUUUCCUCAACCGCUGGAACCCGUGGUCCACCAACAUGCCCUACAUCACCUUCUCUGAGCACCCGAUGGCCCGCGCUGACGAGAAGGUGGUCUCGCUCUGCCAGCUGGAGAGCUUCAAGCUGCAGCUGAUCCAGGCGGUGAAGAAAGCCCACAAGGAGAACCCGCUCCCGGGCCGCGCCAACGGGGUGCUCAUUCUGGAGCGACCCCUGCUCAUCGAGACCUACCUGGGCCUCAUGUCCUUCAUCAACAACGAGGCCAAGCUGGGAUACUCCAUGACACGCGGACGGAUCGGCUUCUGAGCGCCGCACCCGGGCCUCCCGUCCCCGCGGACGCUGGCUGGUCGUCACGGCGACAUGUGCCACGCAUGUCCGUGAGCCGUGUGUGUUGGGGGGAGGGGGGGGCGUGCAGGGGGUCUCUUCACCAUGCUUUGUCCCGUCAGCGCCCCCUGCUGUAACAAUAUGCUUCUGUUCACAACGUCCUGCUGUUUUGUUUCAGAUGCGCAGACACUUGUGGCGACAGCGCCACGGAUCCGACGGGCGACCCGGUUACCAGUGGGCCCUGUAGCCGCCUUGUCUACAACCCCUCUCCCGGGCUGCCCAGAGAGCGGAGCCCUCGUGACAGCUAGGGAGGCUCCUCAGAGCCCUUUCUGUUGAGAUGGAGAAGCUUAGUCGUGCCGUGAUGGAAUCGGCUGUGAGGAGGCCAUGUGCCCCCCAGCCCCAAAAGUGCGCAAAUUGCUGGCUCAUUUCUGUCCCGUCAGCUUUGAUUAAAAUUUAAUGAAAUAUUAACAAAGAGGAGAAAAUCAAAUGUCAGAUAAGUGUUACAUGAGAGGAAUCGCUGCUGCAUUUCUGGUGAUUCAACCUGAGGAAGUUAAAGUUUUAAUGUUAUGAUGAUGGUCAAUAUCAGUGAAAAUUGUUUACAGGCCUUGGGAUGUUGGUCCAUUUUUUGUGGUCUUUGAGAUUUGACAUUUUGGCUAAUCAUUUUAGUGUUUGAGUGUUUUUUCAGUGUUUACAGACAUACUGUGUUAACAGCCACAGAUGGCAAGAGUAGCACUUGUUUAGCUUGCAACAGUUUUUGCAGAAUAGUUCCUGAGGCAUAAACUGCUAACUCAUCUGAGGUACAACUCAUUUUUAUAAAUAUACUGGGAAACACGGACAAUUGGAGCCGGAUUAGUUUUUCCAACUUCACCGUUCUCACUACGUGCAUCUGCUUGAGAACGGCUUGGGUUACUCACCGCCCAUCUGGAAUCAUUCCUGAGUUUGCUUCUUCAGUGCUGUCUGUAUUUCUGAAUGUAACCUGCAUGGUUUUUGCACGACAAGUAUGCAUGUGACGGUCUGACCUUUACAUUCCACAUGUCCUGAUUAAAUGUCUUUAAUGUAAAAGGCAAAUUCUGUACAUAUUGCCAAAGAUAUACAAAGAGAAAAACGUUUAUGCAGUGGCAAUGGCUUGCAGCUACUCAAAGCACAGUGUUGAUUGAUUUCCAGUGAAUUUACAAAUGGAUUAUCUUUCGAUACGCACCUAUGCAGAUGUGAUGGAAAACGCGGUACUGAAGUGGGUUUAUGUCAGUCAUAAGUGCUAUUUUAAUUUGGGGUAAUACUGGAUUUCCUGAAAAGACGAAAACUCGGGUCCAGGAAUUGAAACGGGUGAUAAAAUUCUGGAUGCUUGCACUGAAUUGACCGGAUCACGUUUUUCUACAUUAUUGCUAACCAUUUUCUGCCUAAAAGAUGUUUUUUCAGGAGGUGGACAAAAUAACACCCAAUACUGAGACGGCUUAAUAGUUGUCCUUGCAGUGCUGUCAUGCCAGUCCUGGAGUAUUAUAUCCAUCUUUAAGAAUGUCUUCUAUCCACCAAGUGACGGAGGCGGCGCUUCGAGCGCAAACUUUGCACUUUGAACUUUGUGUGUGUGAAGUCACCCUACAGCUGCAUGCAUUGGAGCAUCAUAAAAGAACGUUGUUUGCACCGUGGGUUGUACCUGGUCCUGUAAAAUACCUUCAUUUUCAUUGGUUACUGUACAACCAGCCAAUUCCCAGCAGUGUAACCCCAUGACCUCCACAAGAUGGCUGCCUGCACUCUUACAGAUCCACCAACAUGUGGCAAACCGCCAUUAUGCCAAGUCCUCCAUCUGUUCUGUACAGCGAACGCCACUAAUCUUCACUAAUCUCUCUUGUUCACUGUUCAUUGCCUCGUGUUAUUUUGGAAGCACGUAUCCGAGUGCGGAUUGCCAGACCACUUUAAUAGCUGUUGGCCACGGAUAUCGGAAAUCCAGCGGAAGACUUACCUGUUUGACAGCCCUAGUGAUUGCGAUUUAUUUACUUUAAAUAUCUCCGCUUGUAGUGUUUGCUUUGUUUUGCCACGCCCCUGUGCAUCAUCUGAGGUCACGGUCUUAAAUUUUAAAAUAGCCAACAUUUCUAAAUGAGACUCGAGCCAAAGUUUAUUGAAAGGUACAGAUAGUCUUCAAUCUGGUUUGUCCUGGAGAAGUGCCAUUUUGCUGAAAUGCUUUUUCUAGAUAAUGUAUGUAUGCAGAAACUUCUAGAAACAAGGCACCUCUUCGUACAACAUUUGUAUAUCAAUGAUUGUUAAUGAUGAUUAAUCACAACAAUCGCUUUGACUUCCACAGUUUAGCCCAACACAAAUAUAUAACUACAAAAUGUAUAAACUUUGAUUUGCUUUGCCUCAGCUUGUUUUGAUUAUUUUUUUGUUUGUUUUGGACUAUACAUUCAGUGUAGUCUAAAUUUGGGGGGGGCAACCAUUGUGUUUUGAUAAAAGUAAUUCCCAUCAUUGAGUAAUUCUGGAAUACCUGAAUUGUCACUAGCUUCUUGCACUUUUCAGUCAUCAAUUAAAAAUGUAAAUAAAAAUUAAAAAAAACCACAUCCACA